AUGUCCGGAGAUGAGAAGUUCACAGCGGACUCACAGACCGCAUUCCACUUAGCCCACUCCUGCAUUCGGGUGGAAGUGGUGCCUUCUCAUAAGAAUCACCCUGGGGCUGAUGUCAGAGUGACUUCUUCCAAAGAGAAUCGCAGCCCCCAAACUGAAGCUAUAUGGCCCAAGGACACUGUAGACAAUGCUGAAAGUCUGUACCAACAAGCCCAGAUGGGAAGCUUGCCUGGGACUAUUCCAGAAAGUUCUCCACCUCCAAGUAAAAUAAAUGGGAGCAUAAAUUUAGAUGACACAGUGGCCAAUGGAAUAAUCAAUAAACCCCAACUCCUGGAAAGUCGGGUGCGGCCAAAGUCAUCAGACAUCCUGGAAGAGUUAAUUGUCCAAGGAAUCAUACAGAGCCGAAGCAAAGUGUUUAGAAAUGGAGAGUCAUAUGAUGUCAUGGUGGACACUACUGAAAAGCCACUGAGAAAGCCACCGGCCAGACUGAAAAAGCUUAAGGUGAAGAAGGAGGUAAAAGAUUUCACAAUCCAAGACAUAGAAGACAAGAUGCAGGCGGCAGAGGAACGCCGAAAGACAAAAAACGAAGAAAUAAGGAAGCGACUACGGAGCGACCGGCUUCUGCCCACCGCUAAUUCUUCAGAUGCAGCUGAACCAGGAAGGGUGGAGGCUCUGUUUGCAAAAGGUCUCCCAGCUGUGAGCACCCCUGCUUUGCAGAGGUCCCAUGUGCAGGAAGGAGAGCCACUAAAAAGGAAGAAGAGCGAAAGUGAUGUGGCCCCGAUGAUUAGGAACGACACCUGCGCAGGUUUGGGGACUGUGGAGUCAGACAUGUAUUACAACCAAGAGGAUGACAUAUUCUAAUACUCCGUUUUCAAAAGGAAUCUCACAAAGUGGUCCAUUCUCUCGUGGCCUUUAAAAAGUGAGUGGGCGCUACAGUUGACACU